UUUAUUUCAUCAAGAUUAUGAAUUUAUUGCACUAUUAUCGAUAAAAAUUGAAAAGUUAACUCUGUGAUACUCUAAAUGUUAUGGAAUAUUUCUUGGAGAUUUUGGAGUGUUUUAUUCCAACGCAAAUCACAAAUCAAACAAGCGAGUAAACGAUUGUCGAAAUGCUGGCAAAGUACAAGUUUUCGGAUUAUAUUAUAUGUACUUAAAAGGCUGGAAUGUAUUCGAAAUAUGUGUGACAAGAGGCCCCUCCGUUCGAUUCGGCCUCCAUCCUCCGCUCGGCUGUAUAAAAGCCAGCCACCGCUGAUGGAUCGCUUUAGUUUUUCACUCUUGCUUGCGACCUCAUCAGCUGAAAAAGAGAUCAUUUCGUUUUCAUAUCUCUCGAUUUUUACGUAUCAAAUAUCGAUUCAUGAUGAAGGGAUAUCUUCUAAUUUUACUGGCUUCAUUGAUGACUCUGGUCGUUGCCAACGAGAAGUAUACUAGGAAAUAUGACGAUGUGGAUGUGGAUAAGAUUCUCCAAAAUAAUCGUGUUCUUACUAAUUACAUUCGAUGCUUGAUGGACGAAGGACCUUGCACUGCUGAUGGUCGUGAACUAAGAAAAACUUUGCCAGAUGCUCUGUCGAGCGGCUGCAGCAAAUGUAACGAUAAACAAAAAGCUAUGGCGGAAAAAGUGAUAAAUCAUCUUAAAACGAAACGAACGAGGGAUUGGGACCGUCUCAUGACUAAAUAUGACCCGAACGGCGAAUACAAAAGGCGCUAUGAAAAAUCAUAAUUUUUUUAAAGUACUUUAAUACGAAUGUUACACGAAUUUUUUUUAAUGCAAAUGUUACACAAGAAAAGCAACAAAAUCAUUGUAAAAAUAUAUAUAACUUAUAAGAUAUACAUGUAUAUAUAUCUAUACAUGUAUGAUGUGUAUAUACAUAUAUGCACAAUAUUGUAAAAUGUUUGUCAUUGAAGAUGUGAUCAUAUAUGUGAACAAACACACAAUGCGCAUGGAAUUCAGUCAACAUAUAAAAGUUUUAAAAGUUUCAUCUUACUUGCUGAAUAUGCUGAAUAUUUUUGUAAACAAAUAUCAGUUAUGCAAUUUGUCAUGUUGUCCAUGUCAUCAUUUUUUCCAAAUAAAAAGAAAACGUCAUUACCAAA